GGCGGUGCUGUCUUUGGGGCACGGAAAGUGCUAAAUGAGGAGGGCUUUUCUUCUUCUCCGGCUGCGGACCCUAUACAGGGGAAGCUGACGAGGGUGGUCUGGGAAGGCGGUAGCCAGACCGUUGGUGGUUCCGGAACCUCGUAAGCCAGGAAAGUGCAGAGCUUCAAAAAGUCUAUUGUAGGAGCUAAACCCUCCAGUAAAAUUUUGAAUAGAAAUGAUAAUGAUCAUCUAUGACUUGUUUUCCACUUGAAAAGGUGUGUUGAAGAUUCCUUGUAGCCCAGUAUGUGGUCAGUUUGGGUUUGGGAAAUAUUUAACUCUCAACAAAUGAAUUCCACACUUGAACUCCGCUGCAUUCCCAUGCCACCUCCUCCUUUAGAAAACUGAUUUUAACACAGCAUUAAAGAAGAAUAGAAGGUAAAAGAAGAUGCUGGGAUCUGAACGUGGUGUUGUGGAAGAAUGGUUGUCAGAAUUCAAGGCAUUACCUGACACUCAAAUCACCAACUAUGCAGCAACUUUACACCGGAAAAAAGCACUUGUACCAGCCCUCUAUAAAGUUAUUCAAGAUUCAAAUAAUGAGCUCCUGGAACCUGUUUGCCACCAGCUAUUUGAACUCUAUCGUAGCUCUGAAGUUCGACUGAAGAGGUUCACGUUACAGUUCUUACCAGAAUUGAUGUGGGUUUAUUUACGGCUUACAGUUAGCCGAGACAGACAGAGUAAUGGUUGCAUUGAAGCACUUCUGUUAGGAAUUUAUAAUUUGGAAAUUGCUGAUAAAGAUGGAAAUAAUAAAGUUCUGUCUUUCACUAUCCCUUCCUUAUCCAAGCCUUCAAUAUACCAUGAACCCUCAACAAUUGGAUCUAUGGCUUUGACAGAAGGGGCUUUGUGUCAACAUGAUCUCAUCAGAGUUGUUUAUAGUGAUCUUCAUCCUCAGAGAGAAACAUUCACUGCACAAAACAGGUUUGAAGUCCUGAGUUUUCUCAUGCUAUGUUAUAAUUCUGCUAUUGUGUAUAUGCCUGCCUCAUCUUACCAAUCUCUUUGUCGUAUGGGCUCCAGGGUUUGUGUGAGUGGGUUUCCACGACAACAUGAAAAACACUGGAAAGAACUCUGUGGUCGAAUAGUAUUGGAUCCUGAAUUUAUGGUGCAACUUCUCACAGGGGUUUAUUAUGCCAUGUAUAAUGGACAGUGGGACCUUGGCCAGGAAGUUCUCGAUGACAUCAUUUAUAGAGCUCAACUAGAACUUUUUUCUCAACCACUAUUGGUUGCCAAUGCCAUGAAAAACUCAUUACCAUUUGAUGCUCCUGAUUCUUCACAAGAGGGCCAGAAAGUGCUUAAAGUGGAAGUCACCCCAACAGUGCCGAGGAUUUCUCGGACUGCAAUUACAACAGCUUCAAUCCGUCGGCAUAGAUGGAGAAGAGAAGAUGGCUUUGACUUCUCAAACGAGGCUGACUCGAGUAUUCCUGGCUCCCCGAUCCAACACGGCUCCACUGACCUAGGGAUCAAACGUGUGCAAGAGGGGGAGGUGCUGGUGCGCAGGACCCCUGAGCAUGGCUCGCCGGAGCCCAACUCGGCAGCAGCCACAACAGAGGGUGCUGAGGGUGUAAAUGGAGGAGAGGAGUCUGUAAACCUGAAUGAUGCAGAUGAAGGAUUUUCAUCAGGGGCUUCCCUCAGCAGCCAGCCAAUUGGGACCAAACCAUCCUCUUCUCAGAGGGGAAGCUUACGGAAAGUAGCAACUGGGCGUUCAGCCAAAGAUAAAGAAACAGCUUCUGCCAUCAAAUCCAGUGAGAUCCCUCGAGAUUCAGUAGUUCGCAAGCAGUAUAUUCAACAACCAACUGAUCUUAGUGUAGAUUCCAUUGAACUGACACCAAUGAAGAAACACCUGAGCCUGCCUGCUGGCCAGGUGGUGCCAAAAACCAAUAGUUUAAGUCUAAUCAGGACAGCCAGUGCUUCCUCAAGUAAAUCAUUUGACUAUGUAAAUGGCAGUCAAGCAAGUACCAGCAUUGGGGUUGGCACUGAGGGAGUUACUAAUCUAGCAGCUAAUAAUGCUAAUCGAUAUUCAACUAUCAGUCUACAGGAAGACCGGCUAGGUCAAGCUGGUGAAGGUAAAGAGCUCCUCAGCCCAGGAGCCCCCUUAACCAAGCAGUCUCGAUCCCCAAGUUUCAAUAUGCAGCUAAUAUCCCAGGUGUAGUUUUGACAUCCUCUCUUCGCUUACCUUUUAAACGGAACAUUUCAUUGUAUAAGAAGACACUCAUCCCACAUUGUGAAAAUAUUGGUCAUUGUAAUCAGAUUUGAUUUAGUUUAGGUAUCUUCAUACUGUAUUUUGUAUGAAAACAGCAAUAAGGUUUUCUUUUCCCUCCUUCCUAUAUCUUCUCUUCACCUGUACCUUGUAAAUGUGUUUGUGAAGCAGUAUAACACGUUUGCCUUUUCCAUGCCUUCCUUUUUCCUUGGGUGAUGUGCAAUCCAUCAUAGGCUGAUUGGUCCCAUUUCAACACUGUGAGACUGAGGAUACACUAGAGGAAGUGGUGUAUAUGAUCCUUAUGAUUCUUUGGCUUUUGUUCAAAAACAAGACAAAACGGGUUUGUUCACAUAAUCUAUAGAACUAUGAAGAUUACUGGAUCAUAUUUUUUUCUCUCUUAACCAGGAGUGCCUCAGAGGUUCUGCUAUGACUUGGGACUUCUCUGAGUCUGUGCAAUCAUUUUCUUGAGAAGCAUGGGGAAAGGUGGUAGACUGCUGCACUUUUUCAUUAAAAUGAGGGUAGCUCUUUUUUUCCCCCAUUUUCUUUAUCCCAAGGACUUAGUUGUUCAGUUACUGAGGCAUUUAAAUCAAUUUGUAGCCACCUCCUUUGGGAGGGUGGGGCUCUAAGUUGAUUGUGUAAUUGAUAAUGCACUUUCUCAAUGGCUCUCUAGUCAUUAUUAACAUGUCUUCCCUCUUCCCACAAGGACUUAAGAUCAUUUCUGUCCUUAAAUUUUGAACAGCUAACAAAUCAGAGAAUUCAAGGAGCAUGUUCUAUUUUCCAGGAAUGAUUGACACUUUGGUGCUGGGGUUUUGUUGGGGGAGGGGUGGUUUUUGUUUAGCUUGUUGGAAUUGUGUCUGAGGGGGGUUUUGAUUGGUGUUUUCUUUUUCUUUGUGAGCUGAUGAUGACUGAAGUAGAACUGUACGUCUUCAGGUAAAGAGAGGGAUUUCUCAAUCCACUUUCUGUGAUGUUAGACUCUUGGAGAAACCCUUUCAGCUGCUUUCUAGAUGUACCUAAAUUCAGUCAGACAUUUUGGAUUAAUAAACCUAAAGUCCUGAUAGAUCAUAUACUCCAAGGAAAUACAUCAGGGACAGAUAGUUGGCUGAAAACACUGAUGCUUCAAUGUGACACAUUUUUAUAGAACAUUUCUACCAGGGGGUACUGACUUGAUUUCUCCUAUAAGGACUACACUGCCUUUGUGUUUAGUAUAAUGCAGUUUGUGUAUCUUCUAAUCUGCAAAGUUUCUCAUUUUUAUAAAACUUUGAAAUCAUGCCAGUAAGCUAGAUGUUGAAUGUAUGUAAGUAGCAUUUGGUAACUGCUAUAAGGCUACAGAAGUACAUUAUUGAUUUUAAAACAUUUUUUAAAAUUCUGAUUUGAUUGAUAAGAUUUAUUAUAACCUCUUCUGGGUCUCGAGCUCUAAUGUUUGAAAAAGAAGGGAAUAUACUUGGUUUUUGAAAAUCAGUAUUGUGACUUGAACUGCUAUAAAUUAUCCUUCCACAAAAUACAGUUAUUAGUGCUUUGUGCAUUUACUUUAUUAUUGUGAAAGAAAAAUGAGUUUAUAGAAAGCAAGUAUUCUCCUUAUUAAUGGUUUUAAAUUUUAUCUCUACCAAUUGAAAUUACAAAUAAUUUUGUGAUAAUAACUAAGAAAAUGCCUUUUUUUUCACACCUAAAAUCCCCGUUGUUUUCAGUUGUAAGAGCAUUAAAAAAAACAGGGUGUUAGCAUGUUCAUAAGGAUUUUAAUUUUCUAUGAAAAUGAAAAACUAGAACCUGAACUAGUAUCCAGAAUAUUGCCAAAGUCCAGGCAAAAGUUGAUGGUUUAUGUAUAUGUGUAUGGUAUGUAAAUAUAUCACAGAUAUAUUUUAAAUAUUUAAGAGAUGCCAGGUAAGUGAAAAGAAAAUUUUGAACAGCCAAAAUAAAUGAGGCAUACAACUUUAUAGCAUACUAUAAAAGUUUCAGGUAUGUAAGGAAAGGAAUAUUGUACUCACCAGGGAAUGAGAUCUUGGCUAUGGCCAGAGUUUCCUCAUUUUAUGGCAAAAAUACCUGGUUUAUAUAGGCUGUUUUUAAUUCAACAAGUUAUGCACGUAUUGGCAUCUAAAUCAAGCAUUUGAAUUACAAGCACAAAAGAAAUACCAAAUAAAUGAAAUUACAGUAAAAGCUAUAAUAAAAAUUCUCUUUAAGAAUUCCAUUAAGAUCAUAUUACUAGAAAGCAAACUAAAUGUGUAGCGAAAAGUUAAAUUUAACUUAGGAGAGACUUUUAAAUAUGAAAAUAUUUUAAGAAAUCAUUUGUUAUAUCUGCAAAAUUAAUUUGAAAUUUUUUCAUCUUGCUACUAUGUGCAGUAGCCUGUAAUCACAGAACUAGGGAGAUUAAGGCAAGAGGAUGGGAAGUUGAAAGCCAGAAUUAGAAGCUUAAAUUAACAAGACCCUGUCUCAGAAAAUUAAAAGGACUUAGUGGUAGAGUGCCCCUGGGUUCAAUCCCCAUUAUCGCAAGAAAAAAAAAUUCAUCUUAGAGGAUUUUAUUUAUCUGUACGUGUAUACGUGUGUGUGUGUGUGUGUGUGUUGCUGAACCCAGGGCCUUGUGCGUGUAAGGCAAGCACUCUAUCAACUGAGCUAUAUCCCUAGCCCCAACAUAUAGAUUUUGAAUGUACACAUACCCAUUAAUGUUUCAGGACCCUGUAACAAUUGUUUUCUUGUAGGUGAUAUUUGGCCCCAAUGAAGAAACAUUUCAUUUAGUUUAAACUUUCCAUUCAGGGUCUUAAGAGAUUUCCUGUAUAAGAUAUAGUUACAAUGAAAAAAGUUUAACUAUCAAAAUUUCAGGCUUUUAAAUUCCUUUUGCAUUAUUUAUUAGUAUUUAAUAUACUUUUAUUUCAGGUAUACAAAUACACGCCAGCAAUAUUCAUUCUUUGUCCUUUAACAGUCUUUUAUUUUAUAUUUUUUAUACCUCCUUAAAAAAGUUUACCCAUCUAUGAAAAAGACACUUAGAAAAUACUUGUUUUCUAUAAUAAAACUAUUUGGUGCCAUCUGUGCCAGGUUGAAUUAAGGAAUAUAAAGAAAUACCAGAAGAGUUUGGGAAUUCUUUCGUAUGACAUUAAUUUUAAGAUCAUAUUACUAGAAAGCAAACUAAAUGUAUACAAAAAGUUAAAUUUAACUUAGGAGAGACUUUUAAAUAUGAAAAUAUUUUAAGAAGCUAAGGAGGAAAUAGUUGUAAUUUAAUAUCCUGAUCCCCUAUCACCACCCUUACUUACCAAAUCCACUCUUCUGUGCCUAUUUAUUAUAGAAUCAGAAUUUGUGUGCUAGAAGAGACCCUAGAGAUAAUUAGUCUCCCCACACACAUUCAUCCUCAGGAAACGAGACUCAAAGAGGUUGUGACACUACAAGGUCGUAUAACUAAGAAGCAGAGCCAGAAUCAACCCUCAUCUCCCAUGAAAUGCAUAUUAACACCCCACUGCCACUCUUUAUCCAUACUAUGGUAAAUAUGGUACGUAAAUACUUUCCAUCUCUGCAGCUUCUUUACAUUUCUGGUCUAGUAGCUGGUAAAUACAACACAUUAAGAAAAGUAUUAAAUCCAGAAAAAAAUGUAGAGUGAUAAAUGUAGAUGGGGAAGUAUUAAAAAAAUAGGUAUCUUUUACAAAUAUAAGGAUAGGUACAUUCUUUAAUUUACGCCUUACUCAUUUUCUGCCACAUAAUGAUGAUAUGCUGCCAUGUUGUUUAUAUUUGUGGGGAUUUAUUUAAAUGCAAAGUAAGCUCAGUGAAAUGGUUUUGUUCAGUGUUGUAGCUAUUUUAAAAUAAUUUUUGAAUCAGCCAGCUUUCAGCAAAUAAGGUGGCCAGUUCAUUGUAUUUCAUAAUGGAGUAUUGUAAAAGCUUAAAUAAAUCUGAUUCCAUUGAUUUCUAAUGUAAAGAGAGAUUGGACCUUAAUGUGCUUAUAGAAGAUGAAAGCAAUAUUUCCUUAUAUGACUGAAAAAAAUGUUAUGGUGUGAAGCUUAUGAUUCCAUGAUGGAAUAGUGAACAUCUCAUUAAGUGUAUAUAUCACAUAAAAUGUCUUAAAUGCAGUAGUCAGAUACAUAAGCUCAAUAUUUCCAACCUGUAGUCUCGAAUUCCACUUAGUAGCUUUAAAUUAAUUAUUUUCUAGACACUGGAAUACUGAGAAUAAUUUCAGAUUGUUUUGUUUGCACUAUUUUUGUGAAUAUUUUAAUGAAGUGGGGUGUUUUUUCCUACCUCGCUUUGUGAAGUUUGUAUGGGUCCACUUUUGUGUACUUUAGUUAUUUACAGUCAUUUGUGUCAUUUAGUUUUCUGCAUGUUCAUUUGUAAAUAAAAAUAUUAGUAUCUGUCUUUAUGGGUAGCAUAUUGUAAAAACACUGGCAAGGAGGAUCUCUCCAUUUCUGAUCAUGGAUUAUAUUACAAAGUAAGUUUGGUUUUCUGGAAAAAAAAUCAGUAUUUCAGUUACUUGUCUGUUUUUCAGUUUAAAAAGUUCAAUAAGUCAUGCCAGUGAUCAGAAAAUCUAUAAGAAUUUUAGGGUACUUUUCUUAAACAGUCUGAACAUGAGACUUUUUAGCUUUCAAGUUGAAUGAUUACUGUCAUUGUUUCACCACCAAGUUGGUUGAGACACUUAUUUGUACUACUUUAAUUUUUUAAAAGUGCUUUUUAGAAAUAAGUUGUUUGAAAACCAACUAAAUACUGUUAGUUUAGACUCUUUAAAAUUAGAAUAUUUGUCAGAUUAUAAGGAGAUAGAAUGCAGUAUAAAACUCAUAGUGCUAAUAAAAUCAUAAUGAAUCUCCAGAUUGGUACAAUUUUCCAUGCUAAUAUGGUCAGAACUGACAACAUAAUACAAAUUUUAGUAUUACUUGCAUUGUGUGUAUCUAAUGGGUAUAUCAAACUGGCACUGAACAUUUAUAGGAAAAUACUGUUCAUUACAGGAGACACUUUCUAACCUCCCUGCCCAUAUAAGCACAUUUUUUCCUAACCCUGACCAUACAACAAAAUUUUGGUCAUUUUUUCAGUAUUUUUGUAAUCUUAGGCAUCAGUCCCAUGAGAAACAUACACAAGGGCAAACAAUUCAGAAUAGAAAUUAGCAGAAAGCUAGGAAUGAUAUGAAAUAACUGGCAGCAUAGUACAGAAAUAUGUAGGUUGUUUUGCUUCUAUAUUUUGAGAAAAUGUGUUCAUGAUGUUUACAAAUUAAGGCAUACUUAUAUGUCGGCUAUUAUGCUAUUAUAUUUAAUAUAGAUUUUACCAAAAAGUAGAAUUAGGUACAGGUUAAGUAUAAAUGAGUCCUUUUUAAAAACUCUGUAUUUGCAGGUAGGCUUAAUAAAGAGAUCCUUUUAUUUUCAGAGAAAUUAAUUUAAUUGGACAAUCCAUCCAUCCCCAGCUAGUGAACUGAUAUCAAUCUGGUUUGUUGUAUUUGAGUGUGAAGAGCUCAGUGUUAAUUAUGUCAGAGAAAAUUUUUUACAUCUUCAUUAUGGAUUUACCAAAGAAAAUGUUAUUGACCAAAUGUAAUUUUUAAAGCACCUCUUAAGGAAUAAAGCCCAUCUGACCUAUACACAGGAUUGCAUACCCUGGGGAAAAUAUUAAAAGAUUAUUUGACCUGGAAAACAAGUAUACAAUAGUUAUAAGUUUCCAAUUGAGGUUUUCUUAUACCAGUAAGAUUUCAAUAUUCUGGCAAAGUACUAUUUAAAGGCUAACUACAAAUAUUAUUCCUUAUGGCACAUUUUCACAUUUUCUUAAAUAAAACUAAGGAUUUGGCUUAUCAGUAUUGAACAAAAGGGGACAUUACUAAAAUUGGUAUAUUGUGUGGUAUUAUAGUUUUUAAAAUGUGGAGGAAAUUGUGGAAAUGCACCUCUUUGUUCAGUGGUAGUUAUUUCUAAUAAGUAGGAUAUUGGUUAAACUGGUAUGGUUUACAAAAUUUACGUACAUGAUCAAUUUUUUUCUUUGUAUAAAAACAUUGGUUUAAGAAAAGCUAAAAUACUAAUUUUUUAAAUGUAUAGAUAAAAAAACUAAAGGUUUAGUUAAAUGAUUUUUGAAAUCAUGAAAUAUAAUUGUAAAUUAACUGAUGUUCCAAACAGGUUCUAUAUGUAUUAUCUUUUCAUAUAUCAAAGUAAGGAAUGUAUUGAUCAGCUAUCUUGGAAAGAAAAAAUUGGCUUUCUUAUAAUGAUUGGUGUUUUUUUUUUUUUUUAAGUUUUAUCUGAAAUCACUCAAUAAUCUCAUAAUCUGAAUUGACAGAUUAUGUUUCAUGUGGUGUUUGAAAAUAUUUGUAAUAAGUUCAUCUACUACUUUACAUUGAAUCUUUUUGAUUAUUACACUAAUAAUUACACUGGCUUUAUAUUCAUUUUAACUGGCUAAAUGAAACAGUUUUUAUGGUGCAGAUUAUUUUCCCACUGUUUUUCUCAAGAUAAUUUGGCUUUUCUGACCUGCAGUUUCUGAAAGAUUUUUUACUAGUGUGGUUUUAUGUAAUAUGAUCUCUGUAGCAAUGGACAAGUAAAAGGAAAUAUCCACAAAAUGUUUGUUUCAUAAAAGUAUAUGGGAUGUUAUAGAUCAGCUCCUGUUUUGUUGUUUUACCCAGCCUCAACCGAUAGCUUGGAAUAAAUUUCCCAAGUAUUCAGAGAAUGAGUGCUGGUGAAAGUUUAAAUAGGAUAGGCAUGUAAAAAUUAAUUUCUGUUAAGUGAUGACCUUUCAAUCCAGGACUAGUAAAAAAAAAUCAUUUUUCUUUCAGAACUGAAGGAAAAAAACUGCACAUUUAAGAUCAUAUUUACUGGUGCAUGCAAGCCAUUAUCCUGUCUUACUGAACUGAUUAAUGCUGUUGAUUGUUGAAAUGUGAAAUGUAGUCACUGUUGACCUUGUAAAUAUCUGCCAGAGAUGAAAAAUAUUUUAAGUUAUUGUAAAUAAAGAUGUAUAAAAUUCACUAUCAGUCUGCAAUGCAGAAACAUAAUCUAAGAUGUUAAAUAUUGUGUUUCUUGAGAGAUGUGUAAUUUGCCCCUAGGUGUAUCUACUUACAUUAAGAAUGUAAAUUUUCUUUUGUACAGGAUAAAAAUAUAGCUUUAUUUGGCUUUUAA